AUGAUCAAGCAGGCUUACCCAGAUGAUGCUUCAGCAAGAAGUGGUGUGUUUCGGUGGCACAAGGCCUUUUCGGAGGGCCGGGAAGAGGUCGCCGAUGAAGACCGUGCUGGAAGACCUUCGACUUCGACAAACACCGACAAAGUGACUCGUGUGCGCAAAGUUUUGAACUCAGACCGUCGACUAAGUAUUCGUUUAAUUGCACAGAUGUUAAAUUUACCAAAAUCUGUGGUUCAUGACAUUGUGACGGAGCAUUUGAACAUGCGCCAGGUGUGCGCGAAGAUGGUCCCAAAACCUUUGCUCACUGACGACCAGAAAUUGCGGCGAGUGGAAGUGUGCCAAGAAAAUUUGAAUAUGUGUGAAAGUGACCCCCAAUUUUUGAAUAACGUAAUCACAGGUGACGAGUCAUGGAUCUUUGAGUAUGAUCCCGAGACAAAGAGGCAAUCUUCCGAGUGGCACACACCGGCGUCUCCUCGCCCAAAAAAGGGAAGAAUGAGCAAAUCCAAAGUGAAAACGAUGCUCAUUGUCUUUUUUGACAUGAAAGGCAUCGUCCACCAUGAAUUUGUUCCUCCUGGACAAACCGUCAACGCUAAGUUUUACGUGGAAGUGCUCAAGAGACUCAAACGAAGGGUCAAUCGGGUCCGACAAGACAUCGCAGCCGACUGGAAGCUGCACCACGACAAUGCCCCGGCUCACACCGCCUUUCUUGUGAACAGCUACCUGACCAAGUUAUAUAUUAAUUACAAAGAUGAUAUGCGUGAUAUGCCAGAUAUACAUAUGUAUAAUAGUAGAAUAUGUCAAACAGAUGUACUUAGGCCCUUGACUUCGACUACGUAUUUCAAGGUUAUGCCUUUUCAAAGAUCUAGCAGUUGUUCUACAUAUAUGCGUAGCAAGAAGUCACGCGGAAUGUUAGUAAUGACAACAUAUUUUAAGCUCAGUAAAAUCGAUGAAAUGUGCCAUGAAGUAUUGGCAGUCAUAGUAAUCCGGUAUUAA